CUAUAAACAUUUUGUAGUGACCAGGAUGCUCCAAUUAAUUCGUAAGAGUAUUUUUCUGAGUGAAUGUGCCUUUAAAUUUUUGUAGAUGCGUUUGGACAAAAACAUAUAUUGGAGUAUUCAUGGAUCGAGUCAACGAAUACUUGGGUUGAUUCAAGUACAUCUGGACAAAAAAUUUACCAGAAUAAUUUUUACCAAAAUAAAAGUUUCAACCUUUUUUGUUAGAACAAAUUGGUUCUUAUCUUUUUACUCGAGAGUACAAAAUUUUCCAUUCUUAGUAUAAAAUAUAAUUAGGGUUUGUUUAUUUUCUUUGUGUUAUCUUUUCGGUUUGGUCAAGCUUUAAUUCCCUUUAAUUAGAUUUCACUAUUUAUUUUUGUCAGACAAACCGUUGGUUGACCCUUCUGUUUUUUCCCAUUUUCAAGUAAUUAACAAACUCACAACUAACAAUUCAAUCCAAUAGAAAAUCACUUUCAAACACAUAUAAAAUCCACCUCAAUGAGAAAUAGAUUUAUCAAAUUAUAAUCAGAAAGUUGAACAACGAGUAAAAGCGCAAUAAUCACAACUACGAGUGCUCAAUUAUUCACAAUGGCUACGUCCAAAACCUUAGCGGUCAUCCUAUUCCUAACAACUCUAGUUGCGUCCAGCAACGCGGCUAAAAAAGCCACAACGCGACCACUCGCCCCGGCCAUCCUAAUCUUCGGCGACUCAUCCUUUGACACGGGAAACAACAACUACCUCCCCGAUGCCAACUUCAAGUCUAAUCAUAUCCCUUACGGAGUCGACCUCCCAGGGAAAGCAGCGAGUGGUAGAUUCUCAAAUGGAAAGCUCUAUUGCGACAUCAUAGCCUCCAAGCUUCACAUCAAAGAGUUAGUACCUCCUUUUCUACAACCUAACCUCUCCGACACAGAAAUCGUCACCGGGGUUAACUUUGCAUCCGCUGGUUCUGGCUUUGACGACCAGACUAUGCUCUUGACCAAGGCCAUCCCCGUCGCAUAUCAACCUACCAUGUUAAAAAGUUACAUAACUCGUCUCAAAGGUAUUGUAGGGGAGAAGAAAGCGAUGGAGAUCAUCAAUAGUGCGAUCGUGAUGAUUAGUGCGGGUACUAACGAUUUCAUCUUGAACUAUUAUGAUUUCCCCUCAAGGCGUCAAGAGUAUCCUAAAGUAUCUGAUUACCAGAAUUUCGUGCUUAAGGGACUAGAAAAAUUCGUCAAGGAGCUUUACAAUUUAGGGUGCCGAAAAAUGUCGGUGGGUGGGUUGCCGCCUGUGGGCUGUUUGCCGAUCCAAGUAACCUCAAAACCCGGCAGAGGCAUAUCCAGAAGAUGCAUAAAAAGUGAGAACAAAGAUGCAGUCUUGUACAAUAGAAAACUUCAAAAGCUAUUGCCUGCUAUUGAAGCUUCUCUUCCAGGAAGCAAGAUCUUAUACGCAAAUGUCUACGAUCCCAUGAUGGACAUGAUGAAGCACCCUGCUAGAUACGGGUUUAAGGAAACCAAGAUAGGGUGUUGCGGAACAGGGGGUUUAAGUGACAUGUGCAAUUCCGGUUCUAAGUUGUGUUCCAAUCACUCUGAGUAUAUGUUCUUUGACUCUAUUCACCCUUCCCUCGCCACCUACACUUACCUCGCUGGCUCUAGCUACGCUACCUUAUCGAAGCUUCUUGAUGCCUAA